AUGCUCCAGCAGAAUAACAACAAUAACUACCCCUGCCUAAAUGUGUCAGGCUCUACUCGGGAGAAAUUCCAGAAAUGCUCCAGAUCCACGCUGUCCUUCCCCAGCAGGCUGGAGCUGGGCCUGGGAGACCUACCACUGAUCCGGGGGCUCCGAGCCUGGGCCCUGUGCUCUAAGAAUCGCCGGAAGGCUGGUGGUCUGCUGGGAGGAAGACCAGCCCCCACAGCUCCUGCUGCAGGACGCAGAAAUUCGACUUCCUGUCCCAAACCUGCAGAUGUGUACCUGAAUGGGGAGUGGGGUUGCAUGGAGUAUGGACUUCCCCUGGGGUUGGAUGCCAAGCAAGCUGGGAUCCGAGCUUUGGUAACGAUUGCCACCCUGAAGACCUCUGAGGGCAGUGGGAAGCCCCAGACUCAAUGCCUCUUUCUCCGGACUGAGAAAGGGAGCUGUUCGUACUCCACAGCUAAGCCUGGUUCUGGUGUGACUACCAUUCCAGCCUCAAGUGAUGUUGGAGGAUGGCUAAGGUGGAAGACUGUAGGAGGAGGAAGCAAAGACACCCCAGCCGGGAGGAGGGACAAUGGGCCAACCCUUCCGGCACAGACUGGAGCAAACCGGGUUAGAGUGCGAUCGGGCCGGAGAUGGAGGAAGUCUGGUAAUGCAGCAGGUUAUGAAAAACCAACCGUAAGCAGAGAGAGGCAACAGAGGAGUGGGGGGGAUCCAGCUGGAGAAAACACCCUGAAAGAAAGACAGGAAGAGCAAGACAAAGGAGUUUUGGACAGUACACAGUUUCCUAACCCACAGAAGGAUAGCAAGAGAGCCCAACAGGAAGACAACGGAGCUUACAGAAGUUCCACAUGCUGCCACAGUGCUUUGUCUAAAACCUGCACUCAGUGUGGGAGGGGGAGCCAGGGAAGGGGAAGGCAGGAGGAGCACGAGGGAGGGGAAAUUCAGAGAAGCGGCACCCCACUGAGCAUGAACACUGAAGUGAAGGGAAUGAAGAAGAGGCAAACGAAUGAGGAGGAGGAGAAGGAAGGGCUCUGUGAGUCAUCGAACCCUGAACUAGAAUCUAACUGCUUUCACCUGGAAACCUUGAGCGGUUCUGAUGUUGUUGGGAUUAGAGAAGCCAAGAGCAACGAGGAGCUGAAGGCCCAAACCUCUUACGGCAAGGGCGGCUAUUCAGAGAAAGAGCCGGAUACAAACAAUGAUCAAAUCAAGCAAUGGAGCGUGCUGAUGUUUGUGGCCGGACCAUAUGAGGACAUCUCUGCCUCCACCUGCCCUGCCUGCCCCUGCACUGCAUUCAUUCCUGGGUCCUCUGCUCCUGUAGAGGGCAGCAUCUGCACUGCUGAACAUGAGGCUUGUUGGGGUCAGCAAAAGCAAGGGAGCAACCAAGAAGAGCACUGUCAACAAGGGGAGGCAGACCCUUGGAUCACAGGUGAAGAAGAACCGGAUGUUAGUAGAUAUGAGGCCCAGGAACCAAACUUUGCAGCUGACAAUAGUAACACUGCGAAUGAGGAGUUAAAUAAAAAGAAAAGAUCUCAGUUUUUCUUUAAAAAUGGGGGAGACAAAGGAGGAGAUACCUCCAUCUGUGAGACAGAAAACAGCAGCUAUUGUAGGACAGCUGAGUCUGAUCAGGAAGCCACUACAGGGGAUGGACUAGAUCCUGAAGCUGGGGAGUUUUGGAGGAGGGAGUGCACCUGCAGCAAGCUGGACGAUGGCAGCGUUAAAGUUGAUAACAACAGAGAUCAACACACUGAAGAUGAGAUGAAUGUUAGUGCCAUACAGGAGGGUGAUUAUAAAGAAGUAAAGAGAAGCUGUUCGCCAAGAGGAGACUGGAGGUUGCAGGAGUCUGCAGACGAAUACAGGAAGAGGAAGAAAGAGGAUGCAGACACCUGUGGUCAAACCAGCAUCACUGGUGUUAAAGCAAUUGGAAAGACCAGCACUAACGCCACUAAUGUCGCCUGUGCUGAUCUCUCCACCUCUCCUGUCCUUUCUCUGCAUAAUCCUGCCCCCUCUCUGCUGCCCCUGGGAUCCAUGGCAACUGGACUACCUUGUCUGGUGGUGGAGGAGGUGGGCGACAGUGAGGAGGUCAGAGUGACUGCAAGGGACAGAGAAGGAGGUGAGGGAGAAAUGAGAAACCACUGGCGAGAGCUGGAGGAGCAGGACAAGGAGGAUAGAGGCUCCGCCGUGGCCACUGAAGAGGGGAGCGAGGAGGAGGAAGACAGGGACGAAGAUGAGUUUGGAGAGUUCAUGCAGUCGGAGGAAGAGCCAGCAUGGAUUGAGGGCUUCACCAUGUCUGCCUCAGUGCCUUGUGGGAGCAGAGAGCCCAGUGCAGCGGGAAGCACCGAGGAGUCGGCCCACUGGACACCAGGCUGGACGGACAGCUCGUUCCGCCAGUCAGACGACACCUGGGCAGCCUUUCCUCAGGAUUGGUCAGAUGAGAGUCAAGAUGUGGGACAGUGGUGGCAAACCAGCGCUGUAGAAGAGAGGAGAGACAGACCCUCGGCCAAUCCGAAUCUGGCAGCCGUCUUUGCUGAAGCCUUCCCCUCUCUGCCUGGUGACACCUGUGACCUCGAUACUGUUCCCACCCUGAGCCAGCUCCUCACGGGCAGAGUCAGCCAGGACCAGGGGCUGUUGGACAGUUUCCAUGACUUGAACAAAAUGAUUGGCCAGAGUUACAAAAGAGCCAAUGACGUGUCUCGCAACCUGCUGCUGAAGACGUUGCACCCGCAGCGACCGCACACUGAAAGCAGACUUGCUCCCUGGACAGCCAAUCCCCGUCUCUCCCCUGGCCUCCCCUUGGCCAAUCAGCACGCUCAGAAUGCUGCCGCUAAGCGACGCCUGUCGUACGACUGCAACAGAAACAUCAUGGAGUAACUCAGCUGGCUCCAGUUGGACUGUGAUUCAUGGGCCAAAGAGCUGCAGCAGGGCCGGACACUUGGGCCACACGAGGACUAUCUGCAGGUCGGACGUUGACCGACCCUGUGACUCUUUGCGCCCCUGCUUAUUUAAGUCUGAACUGGUGAGAGGACAUAACCUAGUCGAAAACAGAGCAGUUCUCUCCAUGUGUAGAAGUCGUCUCCUCCAGCUCCUGUUGAUGAAUACUGGGGGAGUGUUUCCAUUAACGUGCCACUUUGUGCACUAUCACCUCCCAUUUUGAGUUUCCUAGUACCAGCAGGCUGUCAGAAAUCGAUCGGAGCGUGAUGACCCGCAGUUACAAGGUGCUCGCCACUGCGUCGGAGCAAGAAUCAAGUCCACCUUGAUAUUUUCCUUUCUGCCAUAUUAUCUGUUAUCAAUUUUAGUUGUACUUGAAUAGAAAUAUUUCUCUGCUGUUUAGGUAGAAUUUGUCUCACUAGUAAAAUCACUGAGUUAAAUUUCAAUGGGUUGAGCCAAAAAAUAGACUUGCAAGGAAAAAGUCAGAAAUGAACUUAAAAUAAAUUUCACAUCAUUUCUGCAUUCAUCUACAACCAUGACACAGGCUGUUGGGUGCUCAUCAUGCUGGGUGACUAGCUUCUCUAUACUGAUAUAGGUGAAUAUGGCUAGUUUGAAGUUUUGCGGAUAUAUUUUCUUCCACUUCUUCUGUUAUUCUUUGCAAAAAAUGUUUCUUAUAUUAAAGUUAAUUAUCCCUGAAGGGCAGUUUGUCUUAACAGCCACAUUAAUUCACCCAUGGUAAAUGGUCCAAUACUUGUACAGCACCUCUCACAUUCACACACCGUGACAUCACAGGGAGCAACAGUGUCUUGCUCAAGGACACUUUGACUGGAUAAGCCGGGAAUCAAACCACUAACUUUCCACUUAGGAGACGACCAUCUCUACCUCCUGAGCCACAGCCGCCCCGACAGUACACAAUAAACAC